AUGGAUAUGGACUCUCCUUGGGACGACCUAGACGUCCCCUCUAAAUCACACGCCGAGGCGCAAGAAUCAACGAGCUCCACGAAAGAUAGUACCGCUCCUGGUAUGACCCAUGCCGCAGUCCAAGAUACACCUGCUGAUUCCAAUGCUCCAACAGGCUCGUCGACUCCUUCGAAAUCUACCACCAGCGGACCCCGACCUUCCUCAUCUCGAAAGAUACCUGCACGCAAGAUCGAAGUUCAACCUACAAAGCUUGAAGCCGUCGACGAUUCGCUAGAUCCGCUGGGGCCUCUGGGGGCAGAGCCAACACCUGCAACUCCCUCGAUACAUGCAGACCAGGCUCCGACGCCGCCCAGGAAAGAGCUCAGCGCCAAAGUGAAUCGACCGCCCUCUGCUCCCUCACCAGGCUUCCCCGGUUCGGAAUACGAAGAUGGUCCCCUUCCCGUGGGGAGGACAAAAGGUCCACCACCGGUACAGCCCCAGGCCCAGGCCCCUGGUGCGGUCCGUCAGACACAACCUAGCAUGAGCGUGGAGCAGGCAGCGAAACCGACGUUUGAUAUUUUGGUCGGAGAUCCGCACAAGGUUGGAGAUUUGACUAGCAGUCAUAUUGUCUACCAAGUCCGGACAAAGACGACGUCGAAAGCGUACAAACAGCCCGAGUUCGCAGUCUCCCGGCGUUAUCGAGACUUCCGGUGGCUCUACAAUGCACUGCACAACAACAACCCUGGGGUAGUGGUUCCUCCGCCUCCAGAGAAGCAAGCCGUCGGUCGGUUCGACAGCGAAUUUGUCGAGUCUCGCCGGCAAGCUUUAGAACGAAUGUUAAACAAGAUUGCUGCACAUCCGAUUUUGCACCAUGAUGCGGAUCUCAAAAUCUUCCUCGAAAGCGAAGCCUUCAAUAUUGACGUGAAGAACAAGGAGAAUCGAGAGCCCGACUUGGGACAAAACAACAAGGGCAUGCUAAGUUCUUUGGGUAUCAAUGUAGGCGGAUCAAGUGGAAAGUUCGUCGAGCAUGAUGAUUGGUUCCACGAUCGUAAGAUCUACCUGGAUGCUUUGGAAAAUCAGCUGAAAGCUUUGCUCAAGGCGCUGGACACGGUAGUGGCGCAAAGAAAGGGCCUGGCUGAAGCUGCCGGGGAUUUUGCGGUGUCUCUGAAUAACCUAGCGAUGGUCGAACUGUCGCCAAUCUUCUCCGGGCCAGUACAAGGUCUCGCGGAUCUGCAGAGUCGAAUCCGGGAACUGUACGAGAGACAGGCUCAGCAAGACAUUUUGACUCUAGGCAUAACGAUCGACGAGUACAUUCGCCUGAUCGGAAGUGUGAAGCAAGCUUUUUCGCAGAGGCAAAAAGCAUUCCAUUCCUGGCAUGCUGCCGAGAGCGAGCUUGCGAAGCGCCGAAGCGCCCACGAGAAGUUGCUUCGACAGGGCAAAAGUCAGCAAGACAAACUCAACGAGGUCAGCGCUGGCGUUAGUGAUGCCGAGAAAAAGGCGCACCAGGCACGAUUAUUGUUUGAAGAUAUGGGACGUCUUAUGCGCGGAGAGCUGGAGAGAUUCGAGAGAGAGAAAGUGGAGGAUUUCAAGAGUGGUGUCGAGACAUUCCUUGAGGGAGCUGUGGAGGCCCAAAAAGAGCUGAUCGAAUUGUGGGAAACUUUCUUAUUACAGAUGGACGCCGAAGAAGAGGCAGCAAUCCCUCCAAAGGCUCAGUCAACUGCAAGUGAAUCAGCGGCAACAGCAGGCCCAGAUGUGUCAGCACCUCCUGAAGAUAGCACGCAGGGCACACCAGCCACGGCGACUGACGUAGCACUGGAGCAAGAUGCUUGA